CUGCGAGCCCGCGUCCCAGUUUGUCCCCUCCUCCUGACGCGGACGUCCUCCCCUUGCCUGCCCAGAGCGCCGGCCUGUGACUCCACCUCCCCUGGGGCUGGGACCUCCGCCACCACGGGGGGCGCACUUGGCCACACCCCGCUCCCGCCGGCUGCACCCCAGGGGAGGCCUUGGACAAUCAGUGUGGCCUUGCAACAGAGCAGAAACCUUACAGAAACAUGAAGCCCUCAGCCACCUGGAGCUCAGAACCUCCCUGGGGACUGACUGCGGCUUCUGGAGCGCCAGGUGUUCUGCAGAUGUGAGGUCUGCUCCUGCACGCAGCAGCUGGAGUCCCGACCAGAUGCAAGGCCUGCGCUUCGGCUCUCGCGUCCCCAGGCGCAGACGGGUCACUUUGUAAUCGGCCAGAGGGCACUGGUGGACGCUGAUGUCUGAUCGCUGCCACAGCCAGUCAUCUUGGGGAGCUGUAGUGGGGAAAGCCAGAUGAGGGGGUGCAAGCUUCCUGAGGCUCUUGAAGUAGGAUUCUAGAUGGGGCCUCGUUUCUGCAGCUCCCACCGCCACCAGCAGACCAGUGGGCCUCAGUAGUCUCAUCUUCACAGUGGGCUUGUUGCACGGUCUUCUUGCAAAAUACUGAUCUCCGGAGACUCUGUACUGAGUGAGCAGGGGACUCUCGGAAAAGUCUCUGGCGGUGGCCCGCCGUCAUCCCUAUAACCGGAGUCCUCCCCUUAGCGCCAUGGCCUGCCUUGUUCUGAAGGUGUUACUGGUGGGGGUGAGUUUCCUGGGGUGUCUUUAUCCUCUGGUGGAUUUCUGCUUUAGCGGGGAAACGAGAGGCCGGAAACCGAACUUCGUGAUCAUCUUGGCAGAUGACAUGGGGUGGGGUGACCUGGGAGCAAACUGGGCAGAGACGAAGGACACGGCCAACCUUGACCAGAUGGCCGCCCAAGGAAUGAGGUUUGUGGAUUUCCACGCGGCCGCCUCCACCUGCUCGCCCUCCCGGGCUUCCCUGCUCACUGGCCGGCUGGGCCUUCGCAACGGAGUCACCCACAACUUUGCCGUGACCUCUGUGGGGGGCCUUCCGCUCAACGAGACCACCUUGGCCGAGGUGCUGCAGCAGGCUGGCUACGUCACCGGGAUGAUAGGCAAAUGGCACCUUGGGCAUCACAGCUCUUUCCACCCCAACUUUCGUGGCUUCGAUUACUACUUUGGGAUCCCGUACAGCCAUGACAUGGGCUGCACAGAUACCCCGGGCUACGACCGCCCUCCCUGUCCGGCAUGCCCACAGGGUGGCCGAGCAUCAAGGAGCCCCGACAGGAACUGUUACUUGGACGUGGCUCUUCCUCUGUACGAGAACCUGCGCAUCGUGGAGCAGCCGGUGAACCUGAGCGGCCUGGCGCGGAGGUACGCGGAGAAGGCCACGCAGUUCAUCCAGCAGGCCAGCACCAGCAGAAGACCGUUCCUGCUCUACGUGGGCCUGGCCCACAUGCACGUGCCCCUAACCAGGACCCAGCUGUCAGCAUACCCGGGGGGCCGCGCGCCCUAUGCUGCGGGCCUCCGCGAGAUGGACAGCCUCGUGGGCCAGAUCAAAGAGGAAGUGGACCACACGGCACGAGAAAAUACGUUGCUCUGGUUUACAGGAGACAACGGCCCGUGGGCUCAGAAGUGUGAGCUGGCGGGCAGCGUGGGUCCCUUCGCUGGACUGUGGCAAGCUCAUCGAGGGGGAAGUGCAGCCAAGCAGACCACCUGGGAAGGAGGGCACCGCGUCCCCGCCGUGGCGUACUGGCCGGGCAGGAUCCCCUCCAAUGUCACCAGCACUGCCCUGUUAAGCGUGCUGGACAUCUUCCCGACCGUGGUUGCCCUGGCCGGGGCCAGCCUGCCCCGAGGCCGCCACUUCGACGGUCUGGAUGCCUCGGACGUGCUGUUCGGCGGGUCGCAGACUGGGCACAGGGCGCUGUUUCACCCCAACAGUGGGGCAGCCGGGGUGUACGGAGCCCUCCAGACCGUCCGCCUGCAGCGCUACAAGGCCUUCUACGUUACUGGUGGAGCCGAAGCCUGUGAUGGGAGUGUGGGGCCUGAGCGGUAUCAUGAGCCCCCCCUUAUUUUUAACCUGGAAGAUGAUGUUGCAGAGGCUGCACCUCUGGGAACAGGCAGCGCCGAGUACCAGCGCGUGCUGCCCGAGGUCCGAGGGGCGCUUACAGACGUCCUCCGCGACAUUGCUGAGGACAGCGUCUCCAGCGCCGACUACACUCAGGACCCCUUGGUGACCCCCUGCUGCGACCCCCACCACACUGCCUGCCGCUGCCACACCGCCUCCCAGACGGCCGCUCCCACCAGCAGAGCCACCAGGAAAUGAGACGGGCAGGUUCGCGGUCGCCCGUUACUGUUGUGCGCGCUUUGGAAGGAAGGCUGUGUUGUCAGGAGGCCCCCCGUUGCGUCCCCAUGGUCCCUCUGCACGCUGGCUCGAGAGGACAGCGGCGCAGAGCUGGGAUGGGCUCAGCGGCGGACCAGGUCAGGCCCCAGCUUCUGAGCGUGGGCCACAGCUUCACCGACCUGCACACUGAUUCGAGGAUUCGACAAGGCAGGACAGGAAAGCGCCCGGCACGUGU